GGGCCAGGGUUGUGGCAUGAACUGAGUGUGCUGGGGACCGGAGAAGCACAGGCCAUUGGCUGGAGCCCAGCUCACGUGAAAACCAGGCCCGUGGCAGGACAGCUGACUCAGGCUAAUUCUCCAUAGCAGAGUAGCAGGAGCAGCCACCCAGCCACAGUGCCAGCCCAGGGACAAGGCAGUGCUGGGCUCAGAGACCAUGACCAGACCCUGCGGGCUGUCUGCACUCCUCCUCACCAUCUUGGUGGCCCUGGUGGCCAGCAUGGACAUACACAGUAAUGUGCUGAAGGUUUUGAGACCUUUCAAAACCAUCGAGUUCUCAGAUGGAAACAUGAGACAGUGUCUGUGGUUUGCCAUGAAGGAAUUCAACAAAGAGAGUGAGGACAAGUACAUCUUUCUGGUGAGCCAGAUCCUGCAGGCCCAGAUGCAGCUCACAGACCGUGUAGAGUACAUGAUUGAAGUCGAAAUUGCCCGCAGCAGCUGUAGAAAGCCUCUAACCAACAGGGAGAACUGCAUCAUUCAAGAAAACUCCAAACUGGAAAAGAGAAUGACUUGCAUCUUUCUGGUGGGAGCGCUUCCCUGGAAUGGCGAUUUCUCACUGUUGAAGAAGGACUGCUCAGAUGUCUAAGGGUGGUCUGCAGAGUGGACAGCACCCAG